UUGUGAUUCACUGCGGACAGCCGCAAUGCAUCCAAGCCUCGAGACCGCACCUCAUUGACACCCUGCAUGGAUUCUGUUCUCACCGAUCCUUCUUGGUUAUAUACUACUGCUUGAUUUCUCUCCCUCUUACCCCCGUCCACCAUGUCCCUCACUCUUAAACUCUCCUCCCUCGUCAUCCGCACACUGUCGAAGCCGAUCGCCAACCAGCUCAAAGCGCAGGCACGCGAACAUGAACGGUUCCGCCGGAUCUGCGUCUCGAUGGCGCAAGGGCUCCACCGCAUCGACAUGCGCCUCCGCCUAGGCACCCUGCGCGACAACGCGGCAUCCCAGAAACGGGCGGCGGCCGAAGCAGAACUUCGCAAACUCAAACCCACCACCCCGACCGCCAAAACCGAGGCGGAGACCAAGGCCGAAGAGGCCGCCGUCGCCAAGGUCCAGGAGGCCGCCAAACCCGCACCCAAACCCCACAUCCGACCGCUGUCGGAGUCGAAGGCCAUCGAGUCCGGGGCGACGUUCAUCAGCGAGACGUUCUUGUUUCUGGUGGCGGGUGGGUUGAUUGUGUUCGAGUCGUGGAGGUCGCGACGGAAGGAGACCACGCGCCGAGAGGAUGUGGAGAGUCGGCUGGCCGAGCUGGAGCAGACAGAGAAAGCUACGAGGGAGGCGUUGAUCGCGCUGGAGAAGGAGCUGCUCCAGCUGAAGGCUAAGCACGGCGAGCUCCCCAAGUCUUCUAAGAGGAUCCUGCCGCGCUGGGUGUGGGAUGUGCCGGAGGAGGUUGCUCAGGAGGCUGAGGUGCCUGGGUUGCUGUCCCGGGUUGCGUCGUACUUCUCGCUCGGGGCGAGCGCAGAACAGCGAGCUGCAGCGGUGAUCAAUGAGAGUAGGAGUACGACUACGACUACGACAAGUGAUGCGCAAUCGCCUGCACCAGCGGCCACUCCAGCUGAGCACUGUCCGCAAGGUCACUCGCGACGUCCGGCUGGCGGGGAGAAGAAGAGUCGGGGGUUCGGUCGCUCCAAGGCGGCCGCUGAUGUGGGCGACGGGCGACAAGCGGGAAAGCCCCAGGUCAAGAAGGCCACCUUCGAAAGCACAAAGAAGAAGGAAAUCGGUGUUUCCGAUCUCACCCUGCUCAGCAAGAUUUCCAAUGAAGCGAUCAACGAUAACCUGAAGCUCCGCUUCGAACACGAUGAAAUCUACACUUAUAUCGGACAUGUGUUGGUGUCCGUCAACCCUUUCCGCGACUUGGGGAUCUAUACCGAUCAAGUGCUCGACUCAUACCGGGGCAAGAAUCGACUCGAGGUCCCGCCCCACGUGUUCGCCGUUGCCGAAUCCGCUUACUAUAACAUGAAGUCAUACAAGGAUAACCAGUGUGUGAUUAUUUCGGGAGAGUCGGGAGCCGGAAAGACGGAGGCGGCUAAGCGGCUGAUGCAGUACAUUGCCAACGUAUCGGGGGGUACCGACUCGUCGAUCCAGCAAACGAAAGACAUGGUCCUGGCCACCAACCCGUUGCUGGAAUCGUUUGGUAACGCAAAGACUCUGCGCAACAACAACUCGUCCCGGUUCGGAAAGUACUUGGAGUUGGAGUUUAACGCCCAGGGAGAGCCCGUGGGUGCCAACAUCACGAAUUACCUACUGGAGAAAUCGAGAGUCGUGGGUCAGAUCACGAACGAGCGCAACUUCCACAUCUUCUACCAGUUCACAAAAGCCGCGCCGCAGAAAUACAGAGAUAGCUUCGGUGUGCAACAACCCCAGUCCUACGUAUACACGAGUCGAUCGAAAUGUUUCGAUGUUCCAGGGGUCGAUGACGCGGCUGAGUUCCGCGAUACACUCAACGCAAUGGGGGUUAUUGGUAUGAGCGAGGCUGAACAAGAUAACGUGUUCCGGAUGCUGGCUGCCAUCCUGUGGAUCGGAAAUGUCACAUUCGCUGAGGAUGAUUCCGGCAACGCUGCCAUCACGGACCAGUCGGUCGUCGAUUUCAUCGCAUAUCUGCUGGAAGUCGAUGCGGCGCAAGUGAACAGGGCGCUCACCAUCCGUCUGAUGGAGACUGCCCGUGGCGGUCGCAGAGGCUCAGUCUAUGAGGUGCCCCUGAAUACGGUCCAAGCCCUGGCUGUCCGCGACGCAUUGGCCAAGGCCAUCUACUUCAACCUGUUUGACUGGAUCGUGGGACGUGUCAAUUCGUCGCUGACCGCUCGAGGGGCGAUCACCAACUCGAUCGGUAUUUUGGAUAUCUAUGGGUUUGAGAUUUUCGAGAAGAACUCGUUUGAACAGCUGUGCAUCAACUACGUCAACGAGAAGCUGCAGCAGAUUUUCAUCCAAUUGACCCUGAAAGCGGAGCAGGAUGAGUAUGCUCGCGAACAGAUCCAAUGGACUCCGAUCAAGUACUUUGACAACAAGGUUGUAUGCUCGCUGAUUGAAGACAAGCGUCCUCCUGGUGUCUUCGCUGCGCUCAACGACGCGUGCGCUACGGCACAUGCCGACUCGAGCGCUGCGGAUAACACCUUCGUUGGGAGACUUAACUUCUUGGGCCAGAACCCUAACUUUGAGAACCGCCAAGGUCAAUUCAUCGUCAAGCACUACGCGGGUGAUGUCAGCUACGCCGUGGAAGGAAUGACCGACAAGAACAAGGACCAGCUGCUGAAGGAUCUGCUGAAUCUUGUGGGUUCCAGUGGCAACCAGUUCGUGCACACGCUAUUCCCCAACCAGGUUAACCAGGACGACAAGAGACGUCCACCGACAGCAAGUGACAAGAUCAGAGCGUCUGCAAACGAUCUUGUGGCGACUUUGAUGAAGGCUCAGCCGUCUUAUAUUCGUACUAUCAAGCCGAAUGACAAUAAGGCCCCUAGAGAGUAUAACGAGGGCAAUGUUUUGCACCAGAUCAAAUACCUGGGUUUGCAGGAGAACGUUCGAAUCCGUCGUGCCGGUUUCGCGUACCGCCAGACCUUUGACAAGUUCGUGGAGCGGUUCUAUCUUCUGUCUCCCAAGACUUCCUACGCUGGUGACUACACGUGGACUGGCGAUGCCGAGUCUGGUGCUCGUCAGAUCCUGAAGGACACCAGAAUUCCCGCCGAGGAGUACCAGAUGGGUAUCAGCAAGGUAUUUGUUAAGACUCCGGAGACUUUAUUCGCCCUGGAAGCCAUGCGCGACCGCUACUGGCACAACAUGGCGAUUCGGAUCCAGCGCGCGUGGCGCAAUUACCUGCGCUACCGCACCGAGUGCGCCAUCCGCAUUCAGCGAUUCUGGCGUCGCAUGAAUGGUGGCCUCGAGUUCAUCAAGCUGCGCGACCAGGGUCACCAGGUGCUGCAGAACCGUAAGGAGCGUCGGAGGAUGAGUUUGCUCGGUUCGCGUCGGUUCUUGGGGGAUUAUGUUGGGGUUGGUAACAAGGGUGGCCCUGGCGAGAUGAUCCGUGACGGUGCAGGCAUUAGCGGAUCGGAGAAUAUUCUCUUCUCGUGUCGUGGUGAGGUCCUGGUGUCCAAGUUUGGACGGUCCAGCAAGCCCUCAUCUCGCAUUCUUGUUUUGACAAACCGGCAUGUAUAUAUCGUGGCGCAAACGCUUGUCAACAACCAGCUCCAGAUUUCGUCCGAGACGACAAUACCUAUUGGGGCUAUCAAGUCCGUCAGUACGUCCAACAGCCGGGAUGACUGGUUCUCCCUGGUGGUAGGUGGACAGGAGCCCGACCCUCUGGUGAAUUGCGUCUUCAAGACGGAGUUUUUCACCCAUCUCAGCAACGCUCUGCGUGGACAGCUGAACCUGAAGGUUGCUGACCACAUUGAAUACAACAAGAAACCGGGCAAGUUGGCUACCGUGAAGGUGGUCAAGGACCCGGGAUCGUCGAAUGUGGAUAGUUACAAGAGCAGCACGAUCCACACCAGCGCCGGUGAGCCCGCCAAUUCGGUGUCUAAACCCACUCCCCGUCCGAAGCAGAUCGCCGCGCGACCCGUCACGAAAGGCAAGUUGCUUCGACCGGGCGGACCAGGCGGGGGCCCGUCGAAGCUGGCGUCCCGACCUGUGCCUGCGCGUCAGCCUCUGCCUCAGCAGCCGGCAGCUGCAGCUGCGGUGCAACCACCCCCGCCAGCCCCUCAACCAGCAGCCCAGGCUCGCCCGGUGCCUCAGCCUGUGGCCGCUGUAGCCGCCUCUCACGCCCGCACCGCAUCUUCCGGAUCGGUGCGAGCACCACCGCCCCCUCCGCCCGCGAGUCCGCCAGCGCCGAAGAAGGCCACCGCCAAGGUGUUGUACGACUUCAACAGCGACCGAUCCAACGAGUUGUCCAUUCGAGCCGGCGAGAUCGUGCAGAUCGUGUCCAAGGAGGGCAACGGCUGGUGGCUCUGCAUGAAUAUGACCACCUCGGUCCAAGGCUGGACGCCUGAGGCCUACCUGGAAGAACAAGUCGCCUCCACUCCCAAACCCGCACCUCCCCCUCCCCCACCUGCCGCCGCGCGUGCCAGCCCGGUUCCGGUCUCCAACGGCGCUGCCGCCGCAGCGAAAGCCAAAGCCAAGCCUGCGCCGCCGGCCCCGCCUAUGAAACGCCCCAACAUGGCUGGCCGCAAGAUGGCUCCCGCACCACCACCCGCGCCGCGUGACAGCGCGGUGAGCAUGAACUCGGCACAUGAUUCGUCGGGUGGUAGCGGGCGGGCGACGCCGAACAGUGCGUCGAACGCGAGUUUGGCGGGCGGAUUGGCGGAGGCGCUGAAGGCGCGACAGCAUGCGAUGCAGGGGCAUCAUCAGGAUGAUGAUGAUGAGUGGUAGGAUGCUUAUGGAGAUAAAUAGAGAAGUGUGGAAAGACUGCAAGGUAUACCCGGAAUACUCCUACUGGGAGUAAAUAGAUGUUGCAUUCGGUUUAGUUGAUGAGGAGGGUCGGUAGAUAUGCAUAUGAUAUUCCUGAUGAAGGGUUGAGUAUCUUCUAGAAGCGAUGGUAGAUAUGUAUUUAGGAUAUUCGUCUUGACGACCAGGGUGGCAGAUAUUUCUCUCCUUCCUUGCUUGGAGUCGAUGAUAACCAUGUGUAUAGAACAAAAUGCUCUCCUUCAGCAGUGUAUAUACUGUAUGAUGCCUUGCAUGUGGGAAAUCUAC